GACCGGCGGACACUCCGCCUCUCAGUCGCCCGGUAACCAGGCUUCCGUUGGCGGAUUCCAGGCUGACAGCCGGCACUUUCACGGAUCCGGACAAAUGACGCUUUUGCAAUUCCGACUAAAGGAUAUAAAAAAAGCAGCGAGUGAACUCCGGGGGGUCGUGGAGGCGUUUUGUGCCACGUCGACGUUCGAAACUCCGACACUUUUGUGUCUUUCCUGGAAGUCAUCAGCGGCGGACUCAUCGGAGUUUCAACACGUGUCCGCGGAGGAACAUUCGGCACUUUUUGUCUUCCCGGUGCGGUUAAGGUUAGGGUGUAACCUUCCGCUUUUAAAGCACCCCCAGGCUCGCUGCUCCCCCGGACUAUAGUGAACCCGAGGCUGCCGACCGCCCUCGUUUUGUCCCGCAGGUGAAGGCGUGUCUGUGGGCGGGGAAGGGGAGCUUUGUUCUCCGCAAACACCUCCACUUUGUUCCGAGAAAGCCGACAUUCGCCUCAUCCGCUGGACUUUAUUCCCCUCAAAUGAGAGCCUCCGGAGCGGGGGAUCUACUUUCCUCUUCCGGUCGGCCAUGAAAGCGGGCUAGUUUUUAAAAAGUUCGGUGUUUUUAUUCGGGGCUAAAAGUGUUGGUUGAAGACAUGGCGUUGUCUCAGAUCCAGUGUCUGGACGAGCACCAUGUCAACUGGCGUAUGAGCGAGAGCAAGCCGGAGUUCUUCUACAGCGAGGAGCAGCGGCGCGCCCUGGAGGCUCUCAUCAGCCAGGGCCGUGAUGCGUUCACGGACUUCCUCCGGGAGAACGCCAUCCGGGACUUCUUGUCGGAGGCCGAGCAGGAGCACAUCGCCCGCGCAGCGGAGGUGUACCGGCCCGGGCACGAGCACUGCCCGAGGCCGGAGACCCCCGGCCACGCGGGGAACACCACCCCAGGCUCCGGGGAAGAUGGCGGGGACGGCGAGGUGUCGCUCCAGUACUGGCCGGACCGCUCCGAGGCCUCCGUGGCGGAGCUGGACCUCGGCUGGCCGGACGCCAUCUCCUACCGCGGGGUCACGCGCGUCAACGUGUACACGCAGCCCCCCGCCUACGCGCACGCGCACAUCAAGGAAGUGGUGCGCAAGAGCAUCGCUUCUGCGCAGAAGGUGAUCGCUGUAGUGAUGGACGCCUUCACCGACGUGGACAUAUUCCGAGACCUGCUGGACGCGGGCUACAGACGGAAAGUUCCGGUGUACAUAAUCAUCGACAUCGCUGCAGUGCCCUGCUUCCUCUCCAUGUGCGGCAGAGCCGAUAUGCACCGCGGUCACCUAAAGAAUCUGCGCGUGCGCUGCUGUGGAGGUGUGGAGUUCUUCACAAGGUCGGCGCAAAAAGUCUGUGGCUCCCUGAGUCAGAAGUUUGUCCUGAUAGAUGGAGACAGAGCCAUCUCCGGUUCAUACAGCUUCACGUGGUCCUCGUCUCGCUUGGACCGAAAUCUCAUCACCGUGAUAACUGGACAGACGGUGGAGACGUUUGACUUCCAGUUUCGGGAACUGUUUCUCCUGUCCCGCAGUGUGUCUCUCAGCAAGGUCCCUAUGGUCGACGAACCGGUUCCUGACCCGCUUCCUAAGGCCGCUCCUGUCGCCGUGCCAACCACCGUGGCCAAGAAGCUCAUCAACCCCAAGUACGCCCUGGUUGCCACCAGUCAGACUUCUUCCGACCAGAACUCUACCAACAAGAACUCUCAGGUGCCCGGCGCGUUAAAAAUUCGGAGCGGGCGUCUUAAGAAUGUGUCGGAGGAGCCACCGAUACAUCCGGCGUUGGAAAACAUGGAGAAAGCGUACCUGAUCCCGUACCUCCCCACUUGGCCAGAACCAGACCCAUCCAGCGACGUGAUUGGUUUUAUCAACAUUAGGGACGAGAAGAGAGCCAAUCAGGUUCACUUGCAGAGGUCAGAGCGCUUUGAGGUCAGUCAGGCGAUUCGAUUCCGCGCGCCGCUGACAUCGGUGAACCAGGACGAGGGGGCCGCGUCCGGUCAGGAUACAAAAGCCGGAGAAAACCCCACUUCUGGCAACAGCCCAGCUCCCCCGAGUGAUUUCCAAAAGGAUCAGCCGGCAAGCACAGCUUUGAAUCAAGACGGUACGGAUGCAACGGAUUCCAGAAGUCCCGUCACGCAGGAGACACACCCAGCACACACUCCGGCUCCUAAAGCCGCCGCAGAGCCUCUGCAGGCAGACGCCACUGGACAAGCUACGGAGAUCCAACCAGUCCCUCCAGUCCCUAAACCGCGAACGCUGCACCUGGUCAUAGACCGCGCCUCCUCAGACCAGCCCGACGAGAAGCACAUCACUUUGAUUAAAAUUGACAAGCACGUCAACGCCGACGCCUCCUUCGGUGACAUGAGUGACAGGCCGCUCCGCCAUGUCCGCGUCACCACCAUGGAGGAAGGCGGAGACUCCGGCAGCAACGGCAACGGCAGCCUAGACAGCACCAAGGUCAUGUGCGACCGAGUGGCCGCCGACGACCCCCUGAGCUUUUCCACGGCGUCGGAGGAGGAGUUUUACGACUGUUCCCAGCAGGAGCCCGGCGACCUGUUGGCCGAGCGGACCAGCGCGGGCUCAGGCCGCGGCGGGCAACGGCUAGGGGACAGGAUCAACACGAUGGCCCGCCUCUCUCAGAGCAUGCUGGAUUUACGCAAGGCUAAACAGAUGGAGGACGGCAGCAGCGCCCUCAUUCGCCAAUCGCAGCACCUGCGCAAGCAGGGUCACCUCUCGCCGCACAGGCGCACACCGCUGUUCCAGAUGUCCAGGUCCCCAGGUCGGGAUGGCAGGCCCAGGGGCCCCAAAGUGGUCAUCGCCAAACCAGGAAGUUACCACCGCCCCCAGCGAGCAGCGGGCCCUGUGAUUGGAGGACAUCGCUACUGGCAGGCACACAGGAUGCAGCCUGAGCCCGCCCUGGCAGGACCCCACGCCCGCUCUGGACGCUCGCCACAGCGCCCCGGUCUGGGCUUCAAGAAGACGGCUCACACCUCCUCCCAGUCGCCUUCAGGGCCCGCUCACUCCAAGAUGAGCAGUUUGCGACUUUUAAAGACCCGGGGGACGGCCGUCUCGCAGAAGAAGUCCUCGCAAAACAGCAAAGCUUCCAGGUAGAAAUGUUGGCCACACGCACUUCAGGAGGUGUGCGGACGUACCUGGUCAGUGCACCAGUACCAGGUGGCCAGGAUGGUCAGCCCCAACGUCAUGCCGGGCCAGGGCAAGUCUCCAGUGACGGCGUCUCGGAACAGGUGCAUGGCGUCCUGGCGAGGCAGGUGGCAGGUGCUGUUGGGAAUGAUCUUGCUGGGCACGGCCAUACGGUAAACACGCUCCAAGUUGCUGUAGCCGCCGAUCUUGUUAAAAGCUGCCGGUGGAAAAAAACCCACGUCAGCCAUUCUUGCUGCAGAUUGUCAUGGAGAGAACACACCCACCCGUGAUGGUGAGGAUAAUGGCUCCCACGAUCAUCACCAACGUCUGGAGAGUGUCCGUGUAGAUGACGGCCGCCAGGCCACCUGAGAGGGAAAAGAGAAGGCCGCCAUGUUGGUGCCACACUAACACUACAGGUGUGGUGAAGAACCCAGACUCCUGAACUACGUUUCUAUUCAUGGACAUUGUUCAUUGCUGCUGAGCACUGUAGGAGAGCCGCCAUCUUGGUCAGGGCAACACUGCCAGUGCAGUACAUGGUCAACAAUGAAGACGUGUCAUGGAUGCAGCUUGUCUUUUGGAUUGGUCAUCUUUUUUAAAUCAAUUGGCACAGCUGUCACAUUCGGGGCCAUUUUACAUGGCCCCACACAUCAUUUAAAGUGGCUCCACACAUCAUUUCAUGUGGUCUGCCACAUCAUUUCAUGGGAUCCAUCACUUGAUUUUAUGUGGUACGCCACAUCAUUUAAAGUGGCCCGCCACGUCAUUUAAUGACCUCUUUAUGUGGUGUGCCACGUCAUUUUAUGGUAUCCAUCACUUUAUUUUAUGUGGUGUGCCAAUUCAUUUAAUGUGGUCUGCCACCUGUUUUUAUGUGGUCUGCCACGUUAUUUUAUGGGAUCCAUCACUUUAUAAUAUGCGAUAGGCCACAUCAAUUAAUGUGGCCCGCCACAUCAUUUUACGUGGCCCGCCAUCUCAAUUUAUGCUGCCCGCCACAUCAUUUUAUGUGAUCAAUCAUUCAAUUUGAUGUGGUUAGUCACAUCAUUUAAGGUGGCCCGCCACAUCAUUCUAUGUAAGCCGUCACGUCAUUUAAUCUGGCCUGCCACAUCAUUUAAUGUGGGUCUGCAGCAUCAUUUUAUGGUACCUAUCACUUUAUUUUAUGUGGUGUGCCACGUCAUUUAAAGUUGCUAGCCACAUCAUUUUACGUGGCCUGACACACCAUUUGUAUACAGUGGCCUGUUUGUCAUCUUAUCUGGUCCGCCACAUCAUUUUAUGUAAGCAAUCACUUUAUUCUAUGUGGCCUGCCAUGUCAUUAUAUGUGGCCCACCAAUUCAAUUUAUGCUGUCUGCCACAUCAUUUUAUGUGAUCAAUCAUUCAAUUUGACGUGGUCAGUCACAUCAUUUAAAGUGGCCCGCCCGCCACAUCAUUCUAUGUAAGCCGUAACAUCAUUUAAAGUGGCCUGCCACGUCAUUUAAUGUGGGUUUGCAGCAUCAUUUUAUGGUAUCUAUCACUGUAUUUUACGUGGUCCGACACACCAUUUGUAUACAGUGGCCUGUUUGGCAUCUUAUGUGGUCCGGCACAUCAUUUUAUGUAAGCAAUCGCUUUAUUCUACGUGGCCCGCCACGUCAUUUUACGUGGCCCGCCAUCUCAAUUUAUGCUGCCCGCCACAUCAUUUUAUGUGAUCAAUCAUUCAAUUUGAUGUGGUUAGUCACAUCAUUUAAGGUGGCCCGCCACAUCAUUCUAUGUAAGCCGUCACGUCAUUUAAACUGACCUGCCACAUCAUAUAAUGUGGGUCUGCAGCAUCAUUUUAUGGUACCUAUCACUUUAUUUUAUGUGGUGUGCCACGUCAUUUAAAGUUGCUAGCCACAUCAUUUUACGUGGCCUGACACACCAUUUGUAUACAGUGGCCUGUUUGUCAUCUUAUCUGGUCCGCCACAUCAUUUUAUGUAAGCAAUCGCUUUAUUUUAUGUGGCCUGCCACAUCAUUUUAUGUGGCCCGCCAAUUCAAUUUAUGCUGUCCGCCACAUCAUUUUACGUGAUCAAUCAUUCAAUUUGACGUGGUCCGCCACAUCAUUUUAUGUAAGCAAUCUCUUUAUUUUACGUGGCCUGCCACAUCAUUUUAUGGGGCCCGCCAAUUCAAUUUAUGCUGUCCACCACAUCAUUUUAUGUGAUCAAUCAUUCAAGUUGAUGUGGUCAGUCACAUCAUUUAAAGUGGCCCACCAAAUCAUUUUAUGUGGCCUGCCACACUUAUGUGAUCUGCCACAUCAUUUUAGGUGGCCCGCCAUCUCAUUUUAUGCUGUCCGCCACAUCAUUUUAUGUGAUUAAUCAUUCAAUUUGAUGUGGUCCGUCACAUCAUUUCAAAUGGCCUGCCACAUCAUUGUAUGUGCAGGCCGAAUAUGAUCUGGUCAUGCAACAAUGUGUUCCAAGCAUUUCUUGGGAGGUCUCAAAAAUAAAUACCUAAUUAUCUGCUCCAUUAAUGUAAGAAAUCUAAUAUUAAAUAACAGUUGGGUAAUGUGUUUAUAUUUCUAUAUUACAAGUGGACUUUUGAGGGUAGCGGCGUGGGCCUCAUUAAAAAAAGAGUUUGAUGCUU